AUGAGGACUCUCAAACUUCAGCUUGACUACGUCCUGACCAGGAACAUUCCUCAGUCGGAUAUCCGAGAACACAGAGCUGUUUGGGACGUUGCUUUCAAUUCUGACCACCGUCCAGUUCUUCUCAGCGUACGAACCAGGAAGAAGCUUAGCGAUGCUGAUUCCUUCACAAAGUGCAUCCAGGACGCUGCAAGGGAAACGCUCUCGGCUUUAUUACCUCGGAAAAAGUUUGCCUUUGCAUCUGCGGAAACAAAAUCCACGUACAAUUCUGUGCGUGUCGCGCGUAGCGCUGGUGACGUCAACCAGGAAAGGAAGCUGUGUCGUAAACUGCAACAAGACCGCGAUAACGAGUGGACGUCGAAAGCGAAGGAGUUCGAAAAGGUGUGGGAGGACAAGAACUCGCGAAAACCCUAUGCUUUAUUGAAGCAGUAUGGCGGCAAGGUGAAAACAUGUUCUCUGGUCCUCAACACUGCCAGUGCAAAGGCUGUCGGUGAAGCAACCCCUCCAAUGUGGAGGGAUCACUUCAAGACCUUGCUGAAUAGGCAAGCACCGUCAGCUACUGAACUCGAGCUCGUUCUUAGGCCGGCGUAUGCGGCUAACGACAAACCACCGACCGAGUUGGAGGUUCUGGUCUGUAACCAAAAGAUGAGAAAUGAAACAUCUGGUGGAGAAGCGCUGAAAUGCUGA